GUUGCCGUACUUGACAGUGAAGUAAUUAGGUGAUUAGAUAUUACGCAUAUAACAUUGCCAGAUUAUUGGAGGGGAGGUAUAAAAUGGAAGGUCGAAAGGAUGGGACGAUGGCGCUGAGAAAACACGACAGCAAAAGGAACAGCAAAUCAGUUGUAGAGACAAGAAACAGGCGGUGGCAACAGAACGAAUCGAGUCGGGAGUCCGGGUCGAUAUCGCUAGCAGGCAAACAAGGACAGUCCGAAAGGGAAGCUGGGAAAAGAGCAGAUGCAGAUGCAGAUGCAGAUGCCGAAACAAGCGAAAACAAAAAAGAUGCGCUAAUAUUAAUGAUUGACGAUGAGAGAGAGCGAGUGCGAGUGCAGCCUUGAUAAGGAUAUUAAGGGCAGUUUAAGUAAAUAAACGUAUUAAAAAU